AUGGGGGAUUACUAUCAUCAUUUUCUCACCUCCAUGACGGGGGUGGCAGCUAGCCAAAGCACAAGCCUGCAGGACAUACAUCCUCCCCAGUUUCCAGGUGCCCAGAUGCCGAUGAUGGGCGGUGCCAUGCCUGGACCGUAUCCCAACCUUGGAUACUUCACAGGUUUCCCUGACCCCGUUGGGCUUACUGCCCCCAAAUCCUCGAGGAACCGAAGAAAGUCGGCCUCGGGCUUAGAUCACGUCAAGCAUCGACGAACACGGUCUGGCUGCUAUAUGUGUAGGAGUAGGAGAGUGAAGUGCGAUGAAUCUCGGCCAGUUUGCGACAGGUGUCGAAAAGGUAGCCGAGAAUGUAUCUAUCCAGAACCACCAGCAACCAAGGGGUCUCCAGUUCAGAGUUCUGCGUCCAAAGAUGGAGCGUCUACCCAGCAGCAAGCCAGUCCGGACUCAUCCAAUGAUGCUGAAGACGGGGAGGACGACAUAGAGCCCGCCGGUCUUGACACCAUUCUGGAUGAGGACGAAGGAGAGGAAGAGUCUUAUCAGAAGCAAUUCUCUGGGCCGAGUAGAAGUAGCACAUCUUCUUCAUUCAAUUUGCAGCGCACGGGAGGUACGCGGCACGGCUCCGAGACACCGUCACACGAGGGAACGAAGAGUGCCUCACCUUCAACAUCUACGGCGAGUAGCCAAACAACGACUGCAUAUACGAUGCCGGAUCUUGCAAUCUUGUCCCUAGAUGGUCACGCCGACUGGUCGCAUUUGCCUCCCGACCUCCGGCAGCAUUUGGAAUACUUUUGCGCCAACGUUACUCACUACCACUACUGCAUGGUCAGUGACGCACACGAGUUCUUUCGCAUUAUUCUUCCGAAUUUUGCGUUGCAAAACGAGGCUCUGCUGUACGCAGUUGUUGGCUUCGCAGCGUACCAUCGCACAUUACAAGACCCCAAUGGCAAGAUGGAGGAGUUCCUGAAGUACUACAACAAGAGCGUCAUUUUGUUGCUCAACUCACUGAAGAGGAAGGAGAAGCACAACGUUGCUAUGCUGUUGACCGUUCUUCAACUUGCCACAAUCGAGGAGUACCUGGGCGACUGGAUCAACCUAAUGGGGCAUCAAAAAGCUGCUUUCGAGAUGCUGACGCACCUAUUUACACCCGAGACGGCCACGCAGAGCCCUCUCGGUAGAACGAUUGUGUCUUGGUAUGGACGCUUCGACAUCUUCAUUGCCAUCAUGGGCGGCUUUCCCACGAUGUUAGCCCCGGAGUGGUUUACGACGUUCGUCGAGUACUGCGAUCAGCAUGCCGUUUUGGAAGAAGAAGACAGUCUGCAUUGGAAAAUCGAAGCGGAAUCAGGCCGUCUCAAGGUCAUUUCGAGAGAAAUGUCGACACUAUUUGCCCGAGGCAGCAGGGGCCAGAUAACACCGGAAGAUUUCGCGACGGAACACGAAAGAUUGCAAAAUUCGCUCCAGGGAUGGAAAGACGGUUGGGACCACGCACUUACUGACCCUGCUUACCUCGUUACGGACUUCAGCCACGCGAGCCCCUUGGGCGAGGACGACAUUGUUGACGCGUUCACUACGGGAGUCGUGUACGAUUUUCCAAUCUUCUCCACGACGCUGCUCACUAGCGAGUUCAACUCUACCAUGAUGAUGCACAAGUGUCAGUCGUCAACGACGCAGCGGGAACAUCUGUACGGCGAGCUCAGAGGCCAUGCGUACGCCAUCUGCCAACUCUUUGAGGCUGUCGAGAGGUGGCCGUCGAGCCCGAGGGGAAGUCUGAUCGUCAUCCAGGCCGGGAUUGCCCUCUCGGCGCUGUUUUUGCCGCAGGAUGCCAAACAUCACAACUGGAUCCGGAAAAAGUUUGCUCUGUUAGAGACGAUGGGAUACAUGCAACCAAUAUCACUCCGCGCCAAAAUGGCUGAAAUGUUUCACGAGCCCAGCUGCGUGCGCUGGUGGCUGCCCAACGAUGAGGGCUACAGUCGCAUCGUGCAAGACGUACGGACUUUCGCCGAUGAACGCAACGCCAACGCCGUAUCCGCACAGGCGGAGAAUCUACGAGAAGUCCGACACAUUUUUGCAAAGAUGCAAAUGGCGGAGGAGAAAGCUCAGUCUGCCUAG